UCAGCAUGAGGACUGAGCAGCAAUGGUUUAGAAUAGAGGAUUUAUAUAGUAUCAGCUGUUUGCGUCAUCAGUGCGUGUCCUGCAGAAGCUUGAAUGUCGACUAUUAAAUAAACGUGAAUGAAAUAAUCGGAGUGUUGUUGUAAAAAUUGGUGCAGCUAAAACGAUCUAGCAUGGGCCUUAAAGACUUCCGAAUAGAGUUCGAUAAUCAAUGGAGCACGUAUUAUCCUGGACAAACGGUAAUGGGUAACAUUAUUGUCGUCUUGGACAGCACAAAGAAGAUUCGCGGCAUAUGUCUGAAAGUAAAAGGUGAAGCAAACACUUGUUGGGCAACUGAAGAAGGGGAAAUGGAUGAAAAGGGACAGUAUCGGGAUGACAGUCAGACUGUCACGGCACAUGAAGAAUAUUUUGAAACAAAAUAUUACUUAGUUGGAUCAUCCUCAGGUGGAGAAAUCGAAAUACAAUCAGGAGAACACAAGUUUCCAUUCACUUGUUCCUUGCCAGCAAACCUGCCAAGUAGUUUUGAAUCAGACUUUGGACACGUUCGUUACACUAUCAAAGCCACGCUGGAUCGGCCUUGGAAGUUUGAUCAAGAAGUUAAGAGUCCUUUCACAGUUAUUGCUCCUUUGGAUUUGAAUCAGGAACCUAGAGCGACUGAGCUCGUGCAGCAAGAAAUGAGUAAAACAUUUUGUUGCUUAUGUUGCGGCACGCCACCUUUGACCGUAAACUUUUCAUUACCAACUCGAGGAUACGUGCCUGGACAAUCGAUACCAAUAAAGAUAAAUGUCGAGAACUUAUCUAGUGUUGUUGUGAACACUAUUAAGCUCAAGCUGUGUAAGGUUGUAACUUACCGUGCUACUACGCCACGCGUGGCCACUAAAACGGAGGAAAUUGUUGUAAGGGAAGUUAGCAAAGGACCAGUUGAGGCCGGUGGAACCGCUGAUUAUGAGCAACAUCUAGACGUUCCGCCUCUUCCACCCUCAAAUCUAACUAAUUGUCACAUUAUCAAUCUCGAAUACAAUUUGAAUGUGGAAGCAUGCGUUGAAGGAUGGUAUCAUCAGAAUCUGUCUGCUAAUACACUUAUCUUCGUGGGAACGGUUCCGCUCGCGGCUUACCAUGCUCCGAGUGCUCCGCCGGCGGGAAUAGUCGGCGAUAAUUCAAUGAAGUCACCGCAAGUCGGUUUCGUUAUACCUUCGACAAAUACUGCGUUGCCUCCAUUGCCGGAAUCUAAUUUGUAUCCAAACUUACCUCCGCCGUCCUACGAGGAAUCAUCAAAUGGCGCCAGAAAUCUUCGUGAGCGUGGAGAAUCGGAACAGAUUUAUGGCCUGGCUAAUCGUUUUGCGCCAAGAUAUCCGGUAUAUAACUUUGCAUCCGCGCAGUAAUGAGAAAACGAGAGAUAUUAACGCCGUUUUGACAUUAGCUUUUACCAAAGUUUCUGGAACGUGUACUUUGCUUUUCUAAGAAUAUGAAUUUUGAUGUAUAUACAUAAAUUGCAAAGUAUUCGUACUCAGCUUUAAAUAAUCGCUGCAGCUCGGCCUUCUGAAUACGUGAAAACGCACAAUUUUUUACGUAUGUAAUGAAUCGAACAAAA